AUGGUAUUUUCAGACUAUAAAUCAGCGACAAUAUCAAACACUUACGUCUGGCAUGUGACGAAAAAUGUAACGGGCCAGAACGACCGCGGGGACGACAGCGAUGGUGGCGACGAGCAUACGCAGCGGUCAGUAACCUCGAGUGACAACGUGGGGAAGACUGGUGCUGGUGCCGGCUUCGACGCUGGCGAACUUCGACGUGGGUUUGUGGGAUGGAUUCAGUGGCGACUCUUCAAACAUAACAGGGGAUUCCACGCACAGCCCCUCAAGAUUUCGACGUGUAAUACGAGUGCGCAACGCUAUUGGGUUCAGCUCCCUCAUAUGUGA